UAACUGUCGAAGGUGAAGCCAACUUCAGCGUGGUUGUAGAUUUCCCCUCAGAUGGGAGGAGGUUUGAUCACCUGACCAGACAACGACCAGCUGGGUAAAUAUGGCGUCUGUCUCUGGAUGUGAACAUUAACUGUAGUCUGUCACUGGGGCUUCUGUCGCACCUACCCACCGUGUUUUUACUCAGAAGUCAGCAGCGUGAUAGGUGGAGACGUAAAGAGGAGAAGGAGAGUAGCUUUCCAGUGAUGUCGCCUCGUUUUUUUUCUUCCUGCACAGCAUGAACGGUGUGAUGUCUGCUCCGAAGCUGAGACUGGCGAUCCAUAAGGACUGAUGUUAACGGGUGUCCUGCGGCUGUAUUUCCUUUAUCGGACACGGAUGCUGUUGUGUAGACUGGUCCCUGUAUGUAGACUGGUUACUAUGUGUAGACUGGUCCCUGUUGUGUAGACUGGUCCCUGUUGUGUAGACUGGUCCCUGUUGUGUAGACUGGUCCCUGUUGUGUAGACUGGCUUCUGUUAUAUAGACUGAUCCUUGUGUGUGGAUUGGUCCUUAUAUGUAGACUGGUCCUCAUUGUGUAGACUGGUCCCUGUAUGUAGACUGGUCCCUGUGUAGACUACUUUGUGCAGGUGUUCAGCUAAUGUUAAAGCCCACUCUGCUGUGGUAAAUCACAUAAAACAGCUGGAUGUUCUGCACCCUGUCCAGCUGUAUGACCAGUUUCUUUCCCAUCGCUGCUGUUUGAAAGCAGAAUGACCAGUCUGAUUGUACCUUCUGCGGCUGCCCUUCACCGCUGUGCUCUGACGGCUGUUUUAUGACUGUUGGCGGCGCUGCAGUGUGUGUUGUGUCUCUCAUGCCUUUCUCAACGACACCACUAUGAUAGGCUCCCCGGACGUGGUGGCGUUCACUAAAGAGGAUGAGUAUGGCCAGGCUAAUCCGGACCCCUGGGCUCUCCCGGAGGAGUUCUCGGUUCCCCUCCACCCGCUGGCUGACUCCAAUCCCUGGGCCAAAACUUCCUACGCCAAGUUCACCAAAGACUUCAUCCUCAUCUCUGAGUUCUCUGAGCAGGUGGGCCCUCAGCCUCUCCUCACCAUCCCUGAAGACCCUAAAGUCUGCGGCACGUUCGAUCUCAACUACUUCUCCCUCCGCAUCAUGUCGGUGGACUAUCAGGCCUCGUUUGUAGGACAUCCGCCCGGCACCGGCUACCCUCGGCUCAGCUUCGUGGAGGAUUCGAGGGUGGUUCUGGGCGACUCCAAGGAGGGGGCGUUUGCCUACGUCCAUCACCUGACCCUUUAUGACCUGGAGGCUAGGGGCUUCGUGCGACCGUUCUGCAUGGCGUACGUCGCUGCAGAUGAGAGGAAAAUCAUGCUGCAGUUCCAGGAGCUGUCCCUCCGCUUCUCCCAGGCCUCUGAGUGUCUGAAGGCUGGGAAUAGGAGAGCGUUCGCCAAGGAACUCCGGAGGAAGCUGCAGGACCUUGAGUACACUCACUCGGUGCUGCAGCGGGAGGAGGGCCUGCAGAGAGAGGCGGGUCCUCAGUGCAUGUACUCGGCUCACGCUGUGGAGAAGGCCAAUGAACUCGCAAAUGUAGAAAAGAGCAUUUAUGAACACAGAGACCUACUGAGGCAGAUCAGCUGCUACCAUCGCCGUCCACGCCGGGACCCUCACGCCGUCACCUGCCAGAAGUGUAUGACCGAGUGCUUGAGUGAGUGUGAGGAGCUGCUGGAUAAAUACGUCAAGCUUGCCAACCCUUUCGGUUACAGCAAAAACGAGGAGGAGGGACAGGGUCAGCUUGAUGAUGAAGGCGGUGAUGAAGAAGCUGAUGAGGAAGACGAUGAGGGCGUUAAACGCAAGCCGUCCUACACGCCACAGCUGAUUAAAGCCAAGUCUGCCAAGUGUUUCGACAAGCGCCUGAAGACCCUGCAGGAGCUGUGUGACGAAACUUUCUACAAAGCCACUUUGGAGCUGCUGAAGGAGACGGAGAGGAGUUUCCGGGGGGAUCUUUGUUACCUGCACACUUGCCGCUUGGACAAGGCUCUACGCAGAAAGCAGCGAGUGGCAAACUUCUUGUUCGAGGAGGACCUUGGUGAUGAUGAAGAUGAAGUAGAAACACUAAGACCGUUCUGUGCUGUGAACCAUGCCAUAGACAGCUAUAUACUCUUAAAUCCACCUCCUAUUGUGCUGGGACCAGAACCUCUUGAGCUGGAUGUACUGGAGCCUCCAGAUCCUCUAGACCCAGCCUCUGAAACAAGCCAUACUCAGGAGAGUGAGCUUGGACUUGGGGAGAGCCAUCUGGAGUCGUCCCCCUCAGACCAGACUCUGGAGACCCAGGAGAGCUCAGAGGAGACCAAAGGAAGCUUCAGCAGCGAUAAGAGUGGAUUAGGUCAAUCAGAGAAGCAACAGAGUCUGACUAGUAUGAAGUCAGAGGCGCCUGAUCCUGAUUCGGACUUGACCCCUGACCCUGACCAGAACACUGACCUGGAGAGGGAGAGUAGCAGUGAAGAGAUGGAGACCACUGCAGGGGACGAUGAGGGGGACAGCGGGGGAGACCAGACCCCUGUGUCUUUACUGGAGGUGGUGUCUGAGCUACAGGCCAGUAAGGAGGAUGAGUGUGGAGGAGGGAAUGAUUCUGACCUGCUGGUUCCAAUUGACACAGCAUGCUGUAUGGCCCAGGAGGGUUUCCUUUAUGAGGCUUCUGCCCCAGACGCGAUGCCUUGCCUGCUCCAAAGCUCCCACCCACAGCCCUCCCCCACCCUGGUGGUCAACCAGGAGCCCCAGGCCCUUCUUCCACUGCAGGACGACUACACUGUGGGCUCUCCGUGCUCAGAAAGUCCUGCUACAGGGCUGGAGCUGCCUGUGGGCCACCUUGGAGAUGCAGUUUCCCGUACCUCAGUGGAGGACGGAUCAGACUGCACCAUGAGUGUGUCCACAGGGUCUGAUCGGGCGGCCUCGCCUCUCGGCUACGGUAGGGUGGUGACCCUGUGUCAAAGGAAAAAGGCCGGGCAAGGAGCUCUGAGGUUUGUGCGUCAGUACCCCUUUGCCAUGCAAGCUCUGUGGUGUCUGCUGAGCGGCAGAACCCUGGUGGUGCUCGGGGCAGACGAGGGAAGAGUUCGCCGGCUGGUUGCUGCUCUGGCUCUCUUUGUUCCGGCUCCUGGGAAGUGUGGAGAGAGGGUCCAAGCCUGGCUGUCCUGUCCCUUCACCCUCACUGACCUGCAGAGGUGGAAACUUAUUGGCUUGCAAAGAGUUGCGUCUCCAGUGGGCUCCAGCAUGCUGUACUCACUGUCCCGCUACAGUCGCUACAUCUCCAUACUGGAUGCUGACCAGAAGACUUUGCGCUGCCCGCCGUACCGCGGCCAGCUCCUUGCCAACAUCGCCGACCAUCGCACCUACGUCCGCCGCGGCUCCACCUACUUCCUCCACAUACAGAGCACUCUCUGUCACCUGGCAGCCAAGGCCUUUCUGUUCACCUUCACCCACCACCUCCACCUGCCCGUCAGCUCCACAGAGGGACCCGAGGUGGUGGAGGGCCGGCGUCGCUGCUUCCUGCAGGAGCAGCUGGGGCUGGGUGAGGAGGACAGCCACAUACUGCUCUACCUCAGCCAGCUCAUCACUCAGCAGUACCUGCAGCCUGCCGCCGGGAGCAGCGCGGCAGCACCCUGUUUUAGUUUCGACUACACCACCAGCGUUUUAUACAAAAUCUAAUAAUAUACUGGGAGGAGGAUUCUUACUCACGUUUUAGCAAAAAUCGCCUGUGACACUUUGAUUUUUAAUGAACCAAAGGUGAUCUGAAUAAGGUCUACGGUCAGUUUAGUUUCAGGACAAACUCAGUGCACCGCAUUGUUUUAUCUGUGCUGAAUCUCUCUCUGCCUUGCUUUCUUUCACUCUCGCUCUUCCCUUUGGUUGACGGGAAAAGGCAACGAUGUGAAUGUCCGCGACUUGCUCAUUGGUGUGUCUUUGAUCUGGAGCAUGUUGACGCUCACAAAAACGCAUAACAGAGCAGACAAAAGCCAACUUUGCUUCUUGUCUUUUCAGUCAGUUGUGUGUGUUUUUCUUUAAACUGUGCGAAGUUAAUCCAACAUGGUGGUCCAUGUGUGCUGGUCUGACCUCAGCCAGCUCGCUAACAUGUUCAGUCUGCUAUGUGUUCGUUAUGGCAAGCCGUUUUAACCUUAAUAGCUGGACUGGGUGUCUGCAAGUUAGUUCUUUCUAAUCAGAACAUUUCAAAUAUCCAGAACAAAGAGCUGAAUUCUGACUAGUUGUAAUUCUAGCUUUACAUAUCUAGUUUAAAUCUGCUUCAAGAUACCUUUAAUUUCCUUCAAACCAGUGUUAAAUUAGAUUCUUCCCUCUGUGAAAUUAUCUCUGUAGUUUUGUCAGAAGCUACAGUAAGUCAUAGACAGAAGCACACUAUGGCACUGCAGCUGUAUCUGCGUAUGACAAACCAUUUUACCACCAAGUCUGAGGGUGAAGUUCUAGUAAAUUUCAACCACAACUCGCUAAUGGACGAAGCUGUUACUCUCCACAAACUCCUUCCUCUUUCUAUUGCAUGCAUUUCCUUGCCAUCUUCUCCACCACAGCUGCCGUCGUUUCUUCUGCUGACAUUGUUGAAAUGUUUUGCUGGAACAAUAUCCAAUGUGAAGUCGCGCAUGCACAACAACUGACACUUGUAAUGGAUGUGAGAUGUAUGCAGCUGUUAUUCUGACAAGUCUAAACUGAAUUAUAGAUAUUUCUAGCUGUUGCUGUGACUGGUCGGAAUGAUGUUAAACAUGUAAAAUAAAAGUCACAGUGCAAGUAAAAGUGACACUAAUUAAUCAUUUUAAGUGGAGAUAGUUAAACUCGGCUAUUAAAUGUUAAAACAGCUUGUCAUAUUUAACACUGACUUGUCACUGAGCAGUUUGUCAGCUGAAAUAUAACCCAGACAAUAUGUAUUUAUUAAAACUACAAUAAUAAACUUAUGCUGACAUUUUCUGCCGAUCAGGAACAGACGUCCGUCGAUGAAAUCUGAUAACCUCCACGCGGGCUUGUUACAGCUGGUUUUGUGACAUGCCUCCCGUAUAGCUUCUCUGAAAUCAAUCAUUUUUACGUUUCUGUUUCACUUUCCCAACUUUCAAACCUUGUGUUUUCUAAAUUAAUUCCACUACACAUUCCUGCAGUAACGGAUUUAGUUUUAGUGGACUUGACUUUGUGCGAGUGUGGAGGAAACAUUCCCAAAAAAAAGCUGCUUUUGGGUCGUGAUGCAUGAGGAAAUCUGUUCGGUGCGUGAAUCGGAUCCUUUUGGCUCCAUGUGAGAACUGCAUGUCCAGAGACGUAACGUCAUCGCACACAUAUGUAGUCAGCCGACAAAACCUGUCAGUGUUCACUGCUGGCAAGCAUUUCCAUGGAUAUUACUCACACCGUCAGAAAGAUUCUAAAGCUACUUAGCCUAAAUGUAUUCAAUUUCACUAUUGUCUUAAAGUUGUGUGAGAGUGUUGUGGUGUCCGCAUGAGACCGUCUUGUGCCAGGGUGAUCAAUGUGUCGAUAAUAAUUCUGUUUUGUUACAUUUGGAUGAGCAGACUUGGACAAGAACAGUUAAAGAUGUUUGAUGUUUAUUUGUACAGUUUUUAUCAUUAGAAAAAUUAAUUUCCUGUGCCAUCAAAAGCCUACAUUUGGUUUAGAGCAGUUGUGUAACCCCGAUUUAAUCAACCUGAGCUGUUGGUGUGCAAUGAAAAAAACAUCUGUUGAGUAUUUAUUGUUUUGGGACCAAUUUUGGCUCGUGGUCAUUAUGCUGAGUGCACCCGCAGUUUCUGUUUGGGUAGCGGUCCAAGGGAAACCGCCUUCAACCGUGUCUUUAGGUUCUGCUGUUACGAAUUCUGUGGCGUCAGUGAUGGAGCUGUGAUUCUGUAUUUUUAGACUGAUAAUUGUACUUGUGGUGUUCAUGUGAAAGGUCAGACAACGUGGGGUCAUAGCUGCUGCCCUUCGACUAAAAACAAGGAUUUUUAUCAGCCCUAUUAAUUCCAUUCAAUGCAUCUUAAGUACACCCCUGUGCAGAAAAACUUAAAUGUGAAAUGAUUUAAAAUUGUGUGACCAUAUUGUAAUUGCAUGACUUUUAAGUUAACCCUCCUGUUGUCCUCAUUUACAGGCACCAAAAAAUAUUGUUUCCUUGUCUGAAAAAAAUCCAAAAAUUCAGCAAAAAAUUUCGCAAAUUUCUGAAAAUUUGCAAAACAUUCAGGAAGAAAAUUCCAAUAGUUCCUUAAAGGUUUUAUUUCAAAAGAAUCCCCCAAAUUUGGCAAGAAAAUUCUUGUAAAUAUUUUUUUAAAAAAUGAGUAAAAAUCUUCCAAAAAAUCCUAAAAAUAUCUAAAGUGAUUCCAUAUAUAUAUCAGUUAAACUUGUAGUAUUUUCUUUAAGAACAUUCACAAAAAAUCCAGCGAAAUACACUGGAAUUUGAUUUUUUUUGUGUGUGAAUGUUCUUAAGAAACAUUUUUAACAUUUCUUUUUUUCCACCAAAAAAUGUUAAAAGAUUUCCCAGAAAUGUUUCACUGUGAAAAUAUACUUUUUUUUCCCCCUCACAUUUUCAAACUGUAAAUCGGGUCAAUUUUGACCUGCAGGACGACACGAGUGUUAAAGGGUAGAGUAUUUACCUCUAUGUUAAAUUAUGGACAUAACUAUUUAGAUUUACUAUAGUAAAGAUUCAGGCUCCUCAGUAGGAACUCAAUGAAACAAAUGUGAGUACACCUUUGAUUACUGACAACAAACUUUUAUUUUUCAAUACUUUGCAUGUCCACCUUUCUUUCUGAUGACAGAGUCGCUCCUCUUUGGCGUGGAGGAGACAGAUUAUUGUUCUCUGUAAAACUCCCAUGGUGUUCUGUUGGAUUCAAGUCACCCAACACACUUGUCCUGGUCAUAUUUUGUCCUUUUUGUGUGAUUUUGGCAGUGUGCUAUGGAUCAUGAUCAUGCUGGAAUAUUCUGCAGACGGGGAGUUAUCUCGUCAGCCAGUAUUUUGCUAUGUCCACAGCCAUUCACGGUGCCAUCUAUAUGUAUCAUCUCCUCCCCAACAGUGUUUGCUCUCAUGCAGCUCCGUAUCAUCACAACCCCACUCUGUGCCUCACUGUCAGGACUGUGCAUUCACUGUGGUAAUCCUGGUCAGGUUCAAGGCAAACAUGCUUGAUUUCAUCGUCACUUGACCAAAUAAUGUGCUCCAAAUAAUCAUUCGGCAUCUGUUGGUGUGGUUUAGUAUUGCAGUUUUUGUGCCACAACAAAGAACACACUUUUUUUCUUGCUCACCGUCAGUAAAGGCUCACAUUAAGCACUUCCCUUCAGAUUUACUUCAGUUUGAACUGUGACAGAAACUCUGAUUUUCACUGAUAAUCUCUGUGUGAAGUCUGAAGCAUCUACCAGUUUGUUUUCCAGAGGUAGAUUGUAAAAGUAGUGCUGUUCAUGGAGGGAUUUUUGGCUCUGAUUAGUGGUAGUAUGACUCAUGCUGCUCCUCCUCAUUACUGCCAUAGAUGUUCUAAUGUGUCCCUGAUCUUCCCGUAUCUUUUUUCAUCUUUGUAAAGUCUCUUUUUUAAAAAAUCCUUUGGCAGUUCUUUCCCAUGUGGAGCCAUGAUGCUGAUAGACACAGUCCACAGAUCGAAAACCUCUGAAAGUUCUGGUGUUCACAGCUCAUUUGAUAGCCACGUUAAUGCAGUUAGCCUGAUUGAAAAACACUUUUUCUAACUUAUGUGUCAGUGAUCACAGGUGUAUUCACUUUUGUGGCAUUCAGUUUCUACUUUGGGGCCUUUAUUUUCAAUGUAGUCUUUCUAAAGUGUUUGUUUUUGAUUGAUCAUAAGAGGAAAUACUGCGCUUAUUGCAAGGUGAUACAAUUUUACAUCAUUUUCCACUGAACCGGGGUCCUUGCAUACUUUAUUAUUUCAGUUAAGUGCAAAUUGAGCUUAGUGAUGAUCUUUUUUUUUUGCUGCAUGUGGUGUCUUUCUGUUUUAAAAGUGCUUGAAUAACACAUUUUUUUCUGCUCGGAUGGUAUUGCGACUCCUGUUUUUUAGCUAAUAUCCCUCUAAUUGCAAAAAAGGUGAAUGUAAUCUGAAUAAGCCAUACCACAGUGUGCUUAACAUGUCGUCACUCAGUGUCCUUAUGUUGCCAUAUCAUGUCUACCUUUUGUAAUAUCAUCGUGAGCGGGCGCUGCGCUCACUUCAGCCCUGUACGACGGCGCCGUUGCCGAUUAUUUUAAUAAAGCACGUUGUGAAUGUCA